AUGAACGGCUGCGCAGGAACGGCUGCGCAGGAACGGCUGCGCAGGAACGGCUGCGCAGGAACGGCUGCGCAGGAACGGCUGCGCAGGAACGGCUGCGCAGGAACGGCUGCGCAGGAACGGCUGCGCAGGAACGGCUGCGCAGGAACGGCUGCGCAGAAACGGCUGCGCAGAAACGGCUGCGCAGGAACGGCUGCGCAGGAACGGCUGCGCAGGAACGGCUGCGCAGGAACGGCUGCGCAGGAACGGCUGCGCAGGAACGGCUGCGCAGGAACGGCUGCGCAGGAACGGCUGCGCAGGAACGGCUGCGCAGAAACGGCUGCGCAGAAACGGCUGCGCAGUAACGGCUGCGCAGGAACGGCUGCGCAGGAACGGCUGCGCAGGAACGGCUGCGCAGGAACGGCUGCGCAGGAACGGCUGCGCAGGAACGGCUGCGCAGAAACGGCUGCGCAGAAACGGCUUCGCAGAAACGGCUGCGCAGAAGCGGCUGCGCAGAAGCGGCUGCGCAGAAGCGGCUGCGCAGAAGCGGCUGCGCAGAAGCGGCUGCGCAGAAGCGGCUGCGCAGAAGCGGCUGCGCAGAAGCGGCUGCGCAGAAGCGGCUGCGCAGAAGCGGCUGCAAGCGGCUGCGCAGAAGCGGCUGCGCAGAAGCGGCUGCGCAGGAACAGCUGCGCAGGAACAGCUGCGCAGGAACAGCUGCGCAGGAACAGCUGCGCAGGAACAGCUGCGCAGGAACAGCUGCGCAGGAACAGCUGCGCAGGAACAGCUGCGCAGGAACAGCUGCGCAGGAACAGCUGCGCAGGAACAGCUGCGCAGGAACAGCUGCGCAGGAACAGCUGCGCAGGAACAGCUGCGCAGGAACAGCUGCGCAGGAACAGCUGCGCAGGAACAGCUGCGCAGGAACAGCUGCGCAGGAACAGCUGCGCAGGAACAGCUGCGCAGGAACAGCUGCGCAGGAGCAGCUGCGCAGAAGCAGCUGCGCAGGAACAGCUGCGCAGGAACAGCUGCGCAGGAACAGCUGCGCAGGAACAGCUGCGCAGGAACAGCUGCGCAGGAACAGCUGCGCAGGAACAGCUGCGCAGGAACAGCUGCGCAGGAACAGCUGCGCAGGAACAGCUGCGCAGGAAGAGCUGCGCAGGAACGGCUGCGCAGGAACGGCUGCGCAGGAACGGCUGCGCAGGAACGGCUGCGCAGGAACGGCUGCGCAGAAACGGCUGCGCAGAAACGGCUGCGCAGGAACGGCUGCGCAGGAACGGCUGCGCAGGAACGGCUGCGCAGGAACGGCUGCGCAGGAACGGCUUCGCAGGAACGGCUGCGCAGGAACGGCUGCGCAGGAACGGCUGCGCAGGAACGGCUGCGCAGGAACGGCUGCGCAGGAACGGCUGCGCAGGAACGGCUGCGCAGGAACGGCUGCGCAGGAACGGCUGCGCAGAAACGGCUGCGCAGAAACGGCUGCGCAGUAACGGCUGCGCAGAAACGGCUGCGCAGGAACGGCUGCGCAGGAACGGCUGCGCAGAAACGGCUGCGCAGAAGCGGCUGCGCAGAAGCGGCUGCGCAGAAGCGGCUGCGCAGAAGCGGCUGCGCAGAAGCGGCUGCGCAGAAGCGGCUGCGCAGAAGCGGCUGCGCAGAAGCGGCUGCGCAGAAGCGGCUGCGCAGAAGCGGCUGCGCAGAAGCGGCUGCGCAGAAGCGGCUGCGCAGAAGCGGCUGCGCAGAAGCGGCUGCGCAGAAGCGGCUGCGCAGAAGCGGCUGCGCAGAAGCGGCUGCGCAGAAGCGGCUGCGCAGAAGCGGCUGCGCAGAAGCGGCUGCGCAGAAGCGGCUGCGCAGAAGCGGCUGCGCAGAAGCGGCUGCGCAGAAGCGGCUGCGCAGAAGCGGCUGCGCAGAAGCGGCUGCGCAGAAGCGGCUGCGCAGAAGCGGCUGCGCAGAAGCGGCUGCGCAGAAGCGGCUGCGCAGAAGCGGCUGCGCAGAAACGGCUGCGCAGAAACGGCUGCGCAGAAGCGGCUGCGCAGAAGCGGCUGCGCAGAAGCGGCUGCGCAGAUACGGCUGCGCAGAAACGGCUGCGCAGAAACGGCUGCGCAGAAGCGGCUGCGCGGAAGCGGCUGCGCGGAAGCGGCUGCGCGGAAGCGGCUGCGCGGAAACGGCUGCGCGGAAACGGCUGCGCGGAAACGGCUGCGCGGAAACGGCUGCGCGGAAGCGGCUGCGCGGAAGCGGCUGCGCGGAAGCGGCUGCGCGGAAGCGGCUGCGCGGAAGCGGCUGCGCGGAAGCGGCUGCGCGGAAGCGGCUGCGCGGAAGCGGCUGCGCGGAAGCGGCUGCGCAGAAGCGGCUGCGCAGAAGCGGCUGCGCAGAAGCGGCUGCGCAGAAGCGGCUGCGCAGAAGCGGCUGCGCAGAAGCGGCUGCGCAAUAGCGGCUGCGCAGAAGCGGCUGCGCAGAAGCGGCUGCGCAGAAGCGGCUGCGCAGAAGCGGCUGCGCAGAAGCGGCUGCAAGCGGCUGCGCAGAAGCGGCUGCGCAGUAGCGGCUGCGCAGAAGCGGCUGCGCAGAAGCGGCUGCGCAGAAACAGCUGCGCAGAAGCGGCUGCGCAGAAGCGGCUGCGCAGAAGCGGCUGCGCAGAAGCGGCUGCGCAGAAGCGGCUGCGCAGAAGCGGCUGCGCAGAAGCGGCUGCGCAGAAGCGGCUGCGCAGAAGCGUCUGCGCAGAAGCGUCUGCGCAGUAGCGGCUGCGCAGUAGCGGCUGCGCUGAAGCGGCUGCGCAGAAGCGGCUGCGCAGAAGCGGCUGCGCAGAAGCGGCUGCGCAGAAACGGCUGCGCAGAAACGGCUGCGCAGAAACGGCUGCGCAGAAACGGCUGCGCAGGAACGGCUGCGCAGGAACGGCUGCGCAGGAACGGCUGCGCAGGAACGGCUGCGCAGGAACGGCUGCGCAGGAACGGCUGCGCAGGAACGGCUGCGCAGGAACGGCUGCGCAGAAGCGGCUGCGCAGAAGCGGCUGCGCAGAAGCGGCUGCGCAGAAGCGGCUGCGCAGAAGCGGCUGCGCAGAAGCGGCUGCGCAGAAGCGGCUGCGCAGAAGCGGCUGCGCAGAAGCGGCUGCGCAGAAGCGGCUGCGCAGAAGCGGCUGCGCAGAAGCGGCUGCGCAGAAGCGGCUGCGCAGAAGCGGCUGCGCAGAAGCGGCUGCGCAGAAGCGGCUGCGCAGAAACGGCUGCGCAGAAACGGCUGCGCAGAAACGGCUGCGCAGAAACGGCUGCGCAGAAACGGCUGCGCAGAAACGGCUGCGCAGAAGCGGCUGCGCAGAAGCGGCUGCGCAGAAGCGGCUGCGCAGAAGCGGCUGCGCAGAAGCGGCUGCGCAGAAGCGGCUGCGCAGAAGCGGCUGCGCAGAAGCGGCUGCGCAGAAGCGGCUGCGCAGAAGCGGCUGCGCAGAAACGGCUGCGCAGAAACGGCUGCGCAGAAACGGCUGCGCAGAAACGGCUGCGCAGAAACGGCUGCGCAGAAACGGCUGCGCAGAAACGGCUGCGCAGAAACGGCUGCGCAGAAACGGCUGCGCAGAAACGGCUGCGCAGGAACGGCUGCGCAGGAGCGGCUGCGCAGGAGCGGCUGCGCAGGAGCGGCUGCGCAGGAGCGGCUGCGCAGGAGCGGCUGCGCAGGAGCGGCUGCGCAGAAGCGGCUGCGCAGAAGCGGCUGCGCAGAAGCGGCUGCGCAGAAGCGGCUGCGCAGAAGCGGCUGCGCAGAAGCGUCUGCGCAGAACGGCUGCGCAGGAACGGCUGCGCAGGAACGGCUGCGCAGGAACGGCUGCGCAGGAACGGCUGCGCAGGAACGGCUGCGCAGAAGCGGCUGCGCAGAAGCGGCUGCGCAGAAGCGGCUGCGCAGAAGCGGCUGCGCAGAAGCGGCUGCGCAGAAGCGGCUGCGCAGAAGCGGCUGCGCAGAAGCGGCUGCGCAGAAGCGGCUGCGCAGAAGCGGCUGCGCAGAAGCGGCUGCGCAGAAGCGGCUGCGCAGAAGCGGCUGCGCAGAAACGGCUGCGCAGAAACGGCUGCGCAGAAACGGCUGCGCAGGAACGGCUGCGCAGGAACGGCUGCGCAGGAACGGCUGCGCAGGAACGGCUGCGCAGGAACGGCUGCGCAGAAACGGCUGCGCAGAAACGGCUGCGCAGAAACGGCUGCGCAGAAACGGCUGCGCAGAAACGGCUGCGCAGAAACGGCUGCGCAGAAACGGCUGCGCAGAAACGAGAGAAACGGCUGCGCAGAAACGGCUGCGCAGAAACGGCUGCGCAGAAACGGCUGCGCAGAAACGGCUGCGCAGAAGCCGCUGCGCAGAAGCAGCUGCGCAGAAGCAGCUGCGCAGAAGCAGCUGCGCAGAUACGGCUGCGCAGAAGCAGCUGCGCAGAAGCAGCUGCGCAGAAGCAGCUGCGCAGAUACGGCUGCGCAGAUACGGCUGCGCAGAAACGGCUGCGCAGAAACGGCUGCGCAGAAACGGCUGCGCAGAAACGGCUGCGCAGAAACGGCUGCGCCGAAACGGCUGCGCCGAAACGGCUGCGCAGAAACGGCUGCGCAGAAACGGCUGCGCAGAAACGGCUGCGCAGAAACGGCUGCGCAGAAACGGCUGCGCAGAAGCCGCUGCGCAGAAGCAGCUGCGCAGAAGCAGCUGCGCAGAAGCAGCUGCGCAGAUACGGCUGCGCAGAAGCGGCUGCGCAGAAGCGGCUGCGCAGAAACAGCUGCGCAGAAGCGGCUGCGCAGAAGCGGCUGCGCAGAAGCGGCUGCGCAGAAGCGGCUGCGCAGAAGCGGCUGCGCAGAAACAGCUGCGCAGAAGCGGCUGCGCAGAAGCGGCUGCGCAGAAGCGGCUGCGCAGAAGCGGCUGCGCAGAAGCGGCUGCGCAGAAGCGGCUGCGCAGAAGCGGCUGCGCAGAAGCGGCUGCGCAGAAGCGUCUGCGCAGAAGCGUCUGCGCAGUAGCGGCUGCGCAGUAGCGGCUGCGCUGAAGCGGCUGCGCAGAAGCGGCUGCGCAGAAGCGGCUGCGCAGAAGCGGCUGCGCAGAAACGGCUGCGCAGAAACGGCUGCGCAGAAACGGCUGCGCAGAAACGGCUGCGCAGGAACGGCUGCGCAGGAACGGCUGCGCAGGAACGGCUGCGCAGGAACGGCUGCGCAGGAACGGCUGCGCAGGAACGGCUGCGCAGGAACGGCUGCGCAGGAACGGCUGCGCAGAAGCGGCUGCGCAGAAGCGGCUGCGCAGAAGCGGCUGCGCAGAAGCGGCUGCGCAGAAGCGGCUGCGCAGAAGCGGCUGCGCAGAAGCGGCUGCGCAGAAGCGGCUGCGCAGAAGCGGCUGCGCAGAAGCGGCUGCGCAGAAGCGGCUGCGCAGAAGCGGCUGCGCAGAAGCGGCUGCGCAGAAGCGGCUGCGCAGAAGCGGCUGCGCAGAAGCGGCUGCGCAGAAGCGGCUGCGCAGAAACGGCUGCGCAGAAACGGCUGCGCAGAAACGGCUGCGCAGAAACGGCUGCGCAGAAACGGCUGCGCAGAAACGGCUGCGCAGAAGCGGCUGCGCAGAAGCGGCUGCGCAGAAGCGGCUGCGCAGAAGCGGCUGCGCAGAAGCGGCUGCGCAGAAGCGGCUGCGCAGAAGCGGCUGCGCAGAAGCGGCUGCGCAGAAGCGGCUGCGCAGAAGCGGCUGCGCAGAAACGGCUGCGCAGAAACGGCUGCGCAGAAACGGCUGCGCAGAAACGGCUGCGCAGAAACGGCUGCGCAGAAACGGCUGCGCAGAAACGGCUGCGCAGAAACGGCUGCGCAGAAACGGCUGCGCAGAAACGGCUGCGCAGGAACGGCUGCGCAGGAGCGGCUGCGCAGGAGCGGCUGCGCAGGAGCGGCUGCGCAGGAGCGGCUGCGCAGGAGCGGCUGCGCAGGAGCGGCUGCGCAGAAGCGGCUGCGCAGAAGCGGCUGCGCAGAAGCGGCUGCGCAGAAGCGGCUGCGCAGAAGCGGCUGCGCAGAAGCGUCUGCGCAGAACGGCUGCGCAGGAACGGCUGCGCAGGAACGGCUGCGCAGGAACGGCUGCGCAGGAACGGCUGCGCAGGAACGGCUGCGCAGGAACGGCUGCGCAGAAGCGGCUGCGCAGAAGCGGCUGCGCAGAAGCGGCUGCGCAGAAGCGGCUGCGCAGAAGCGGCUGCGCAGAAGCGGCUGCGCAGAAGCGGCUGCGCAGAAGCGGCUGCGCAGAAGCGGCUGCGCAGAAGCGGCUGCGCAGAAGCGGCUGCGCAGAAGCGGCUGCGCAGAAACGGCUGCGCAGAAACGGCUGCGCAGAAACGGCUGCGCAGGAACGGCUGCGCAGGAACGGCUGCGCAGGAACGGCUGCGCAGGAACGGCUGCGCAGGAACGGCUGCGCAGAAACGGCUGCGCAGAAACGGCUGCGCAGAAACGGCUGCGCAGAAACGGCUGCGCAGAAACGGCUGCGCAGAAACGGCUGCGCAGAAACGGCUGCGCAGAAACGGCUGCGCAGAAACGGCUGCGCAGAAACGGCUGCGCAGAAACGGCUGCGCAGAAACGGCUGCGCAGAAACGGCUGCGCAGAAACGGCUGCGCAGAAACGGCUGCGCAGAAACGGCUGCGCAGAAGCCGCUGCGCAGAAGCAGCUGCGCAGAAGCAGCUGCGCAGAAGCAGCUGCGCAGAUACGGCUGCGCAGAAGCAGCUGCGCAGAAGCAGCUGCGCAGAAGCAGCUGCGCAGAUACGGCUGCGCAGAUACGGCUGCGCAGAAACGGCUGCGCAGAAACGGCUGCGCAGAAACGGCUGCGCAGAAACGGCUGCGCAGAAACGGCUGCGCCGAAACGGCUGCGCCGAAACGGCUGCGCAGAAACGGCUGCGCAGAAACGGCUGCGCAGAAACGGCUGCGCAGAAACGGCUGCGCAGAAACGGCUGCGCAGAAGCCGCUGCGCAGAAGCAGCUGCGCAGAAGCAGCUGCGCAGAAGCAGCUGCGCAGAUACGGCUGCGCAGAAGCAGCUGCGCAGAAGCAGCUGCGCAGAAGCAGCUGCGCAGAUACGGCUGCGCAGAUACGGCUGCGCAGAAACGGCUGCGCAGAAACGGCUGCGCAGAAACGGCUGCGCAGAAACGGCUGCGCAGAAACGGCUGCGCCGAAACGGCUGCGCCGAAACGGCUGCGCCGAAACAGCUGCGCCGAAACAGCUGCGCCGAAACAGCUGCGCCGAAACAGCUGCGCCGAAACUGCUGCGCCGAAACUGCUGCGCCGAAACUGCUGCGCCGAAACUGCUGCGCCGAAACUGCUGCGCCGAAACUGCUGCGCCGAAACUGCUGCGCCGAAACUGCUGCGCCGAAACAGCUGCGCCGAAACUGCUGCGCCGAAACAGCUGCGCCGAAACAGCUGCGCCGAAACAGCUGCGCCGAAACAGCUGCGCCGAAACAGCUGCGCCGAAACAGCUGCGCCGAAACAGCUGCGCAGAAACAGCUAGGCAUAAGCAGCUGCGCAGAAACAGCUGCGCAGAAACAGAUGCGCAGAAACAGCUGCGCAGAAACAGCUGCGCAGAAACAGCUGCGCAGAAACAGCUGCGCAGAAACAGCUGCGCAGAGACCGCUGCGCAGAGACAGCUGCGCAGAGACUGCUGCGCAGAGACAGCUGUGCAGACAGCUGCGCAGAGACAGCUGCGCAGAAACAGCUGCGCAGAAACAGCUGCGCAGAAACAGCUGCGCAGAAACAGCUGCGCAGAAACAGCUGCUCAGAAACAGCUGCGCAGAAACAGCUGCGCAGAAACAGCUGCGCAGAGACAGCUGCGCAGAAACAGCUGCGCAGAAACAGCUGCGCAGAAACAGCUGCGCAGAAACAGCGGCGCAGAAACAGCGGCGCAGAAACACUCUAUAGCCUCCGGUUACAGGAGCGUACCUCCAUGUUCAAUGUUUUUUGGGCAGUUGAACAUCUGCGCGGAGACGGCUGCGCGGAAGCGGCUGCGCGGAAGCGGCUGCGCGGAAGCGGCUGCGCGGAAGCGGCUGCGCGGGAACGGCUGCGCGGGAACGGCUGCGCGGGAACGGCUGCGCAGAAACGGCUGCGCAGAAACGGCUGCGCAGAAGCGGCUGCGCAGAAGCGGCUGCGCAGAAGCGGCUGCGCAGAAGCGGCUGCGCAGAAGCGGCUGCGCAGAAGCGGCUGCGCAGAAGCGGCUGCGCAGAAGCGGCUGCGCAGAAGCGGCUGCGCAGAAGCGGCUGCGCAGAAGCGGCUGCGCAGAAGCGGCUGCGCAGAAGCGGCUGCGCAGAAGCGGCUGCGCAGAAGCGGCUGCGCAGAAGCGGCUGCGCAGAAACGGCUGCGCAGAAACGGCUGCGCAGAAACGGCUGCGCAGAAACGGCUGCGCAGAAGCGGCUGCGCAGAAGCGGCUGCGCAGAAGCGGCUGCGCAGAAGCGGCUGCGCAGAAGCGGCUGCGCAGAAGCGGCUGCGCAGAAGCGGCUGCGCACAAGCGGCUGCGCACAAGCGGCUGCGCAGAAGCGGCUGCGCAGAAGCGGCUGCGCAGAAGCGGCUGCGCAGAAGCGGCUGCGCAGAAGCGGCUGCGCAGAAGCGGCUGCGCAGAAGCGGCUGCGCAGAAGCGGCUGCGCAGAAUCGGCUGCGCAGAAGCGGCUGCGCAGAAUCGGCUGCGCAGAAUCGGCUGCGCAGAAGCGGCUGCGCAGAAGCGGCUGCGCAGAAGCGGCUGCGCAGAAGCGGCUGCGCAGAAGCGGCUGCGCAGAAGCGGCUGCGCAGAAGCGGCUGCGCAGAAGCGGCUGCGCAGAAGCGGCUGCGCAGAAGCGGCUGCGCAGAAGCGGCUGCGCAGAAGCGGCUGCGCAGAGACGGCUGCGCAGAAACGGCUGCGCAGAAACGGCUGCGCAGAAACGGCUGCGCAGAAGCGGCUGCGCAGAAGCGGCUGCGCAGAAGCGGCUGCGCAGAAGCGGCUGCGCAGAAGCGGCUGCGCAGAAACGGCUGCGCAGAAGCGGCUGCGCAGAAGCGGCUGCGCAGAAGCGGCUGCGCAGAAGCGGCUGCGCAGAAACGGCUGCGCAGAAACGGCUGCGCAGAAACGGCUGCGCAGAAACGGCUGCGCAGAUACGGCUGCGCAGAAACGGCUGCGCAGAAACGGCUGCGCAGAUACCGCUGCGCAGAAACGGCUGCGCAGAAACGGCUGCGCAGAAACGGCUGCGCAGAAACGGCUGCGCAGAAACGGCUGCGCAGGAACGGCUGCGCAGGAACGGCUGCGCAGGAACGGCUGCGCAGGAACGGCUGCGCAGGAACGGCUGCGCAGGAACGGCUGCGCAGGAACGGCUGCGCAGGAACGGCUGCGCAGAAGCGGCUGCGCAGAAGCGGCUGCGCAGAAGCGGCUGCGCAGAAGCGGCUGCGCAGAAGCGGCUGCGCAGAAGCGGCUGCGCAGAAGCGGCUGCGCAGAAGCGGCUGCGCAGAAGCGGCUGCGCAGAAGCGGCUGCGCAGAAGCGGCUGCGCAGAAGCGGCUGCGCAGAAGCGGCUGCGCAGAAACAGCUGCGCAGAAGCGGCUGCGCAGAAGCGGCUGCGCAGAAGCGGCUGCGCAGAAGCGGCUGCGCAGAAACGGCUGCGCAGAUACGGCUGCGCAGAUACGGCUGCGCGGAAACGGCUGCGCGGAAACGGCUGCGCGGAAACGGCUGCGCGGAAACGGCUGCGCAGAAACGGCUGCGCAGAAACGGCUGCGCAGAAGCGGCUGCGCAGAAGCGGCUGCGCAGAAACGGCUGCGCAGAUACGGCUGCGCAGAAACGGCUGCGCAGAAACGGCUGCGCAGAAACGGCUGCGCAGAAACGGCUGCGCAGAAACGGCUGCGCAGAAACGGCUGCGCAGAAACGGCAGCGCAGAAACGGCUGCGCAAAACGGCUGCGCAGAAACGGCUGCGCAGAAACGGCUGCGCAGAAACGGCUGCGCAGAAACAGCUGCGCAGAAACAGCUGCGCAGAAACAGCUGCGCAGAAACAGCUGCGCAUAAACAGCUGCGCAGAAACAGCUGCGCAGAAACAGCUGCGCAGAAGCAGCUGCGCAGAAACAGCUGCGCAGAAACAGCUGCGCAGAAACAGCUGCGCAGAAACAGCUGCGCAGAAACAGCUGCGCAGAAUCAGCUGCGCAGAAACAGCUGCGCAGAAACAGCUGCGCAGAAUCAGCUGCGCAGAAACAGCUGCGCAGGAACAGCUGCGCAGCAACAGCUGCGCAGAAACAGCUGCGCAGGAACAGCUGCGCAGGAACAGCUGCGCAGGAACAGCUGCGCAGGAACAGCUGCGCAGGAACAGCUGC